ACUUCUCGCCCACUCACGCCCUGGGUGGGAGGAGUGACGUAGUGUCAGAAUUUCACCUACCUCCGUCACCUCUUUCAUACCCGCUAAUCUCGACUCGUCCCGUCCCGUCUCGUGACGCAUAUGCCGCUCAUAGCAAUCGGCGUCGCGAAUGCGUUGGCCCGGGAACAUGAUUUCCGUUCGCUACUGCGGCUAAAUCCCCGAAAGCUUUCGCUCGUUUCGAGUGAUCGAGGCUCGUAUUGGCGAGAACAGAUACCAUUUGUGAUCCUUUCUCCCUGGACACAAGCGCCGCGCCUCUACAGCAGCUGCUGCUCGACCUGCUUGUUAACACGCUGUUAGGGAGGAACGACGCCUAAAUUGCUGAUGUCUUUGGCAAGCCAACGCUUUUUUUCUUCCAGAGGCAUUAGCUCUAUCAGUGGUCUCCGCUUGUUCGUGGUAGGGAAGUGGUCGACCGUUUGUCAUUAGACGAGGUGUUAGUUGGUUUUACCCCAAGGAUUACGGGAGUAAAACAGGAAUCCUUCUGUUUCCGUGUUGCAUCUGCUGAGUCCUCCGAUGUCGCGAGAUGGACGGUUUCGAUUAAUCUCCACUCAUUCCUGUAAUCUCAGGGCUAAUUUAUCACGUUCCAGUGGUCGCAGACUAAAUCGCAGAUUUUCCGAAGUUCAUUAGAUUUGGUCCCUGAGUUAAUAAUUGGUGCGUAGAAUUGUGCAGACUAUGGCAGGAAGCGACCCGUGGCUGUAACCCUGCUGAUCUUCUUACCUCCUGUCAAGCGCAUAUACCCGCUAGAAGCAGUGCGAGGUUCCGUUAUAGUGGAAAAUUUGCGGGCUUAUAACGGGAAGCAGCAUGGCGAAGGUAGCGGAUCUUAUAAUGGGGAUGGGAAUUUCGCACGGGACUGAGUUGUUACUCGCCUACAGCCCGUUCGGCGAAUUCAGCGAGCUGCUUCGCGAAACGCUGAAGAAGGUUCCUCCCAACAUGCAAUGGUUCUCGUGGGGCUUUGACCAAGUGAUCUUCCUCUUCCACAUGCACCUAGGGUAUAUAUUCUCCAUAGCAGCAUACGAGUGCUUCACACGCAAAGAAGCUCGCAGCAAACUCACCGCCCUCCGGGACCUUUUCCUCUCCUCCUCCUCCACCCCAUCUCCCCCCGAAAAACCUUCCGACCUGCCCGAACCCGCCCGCGAAACCCUCGAAAAAACCAUGAAAUCAUGGAUUGUGAAUUCCCGCGGGGUGGUACCGGCCCGGCUCAUCCUAAUCCUCCACCCGGGGGCUCCCAAGAAAUUCCUGACUAAGGAAGACCAAGCGCCCGACUUCGUACAAGCGGCCGAAGGGAGCGGGACUGCCCGGCUCAAAAGCGCUCUGGAGGAAAUCGAUGAGAACGACGACGACUUUGUGUUCACCAUCCGCAAGCCAGGGGCCGGGAGCGGUGGGGGGGAUGAUGACGAUGGUGAGGACUUCGUUUUCAACAUCCCAAAGAAGAUUGUGCAGGCGGUUGCCGCCCCGAUGAUCUUCACCAGCCCGCAUCCCCGGCAGAUGCCUGCCUUCGCUGCUGGCCCCACUGCUGGUUCUGGCGGCGGCGGCGGCGGCGGCAACAGUGGGAGUAACAACCGGGUGCCAUCGGGGCAACAAUCAGGCAGAAAAAGUCCUGCUAUGUCGGGUGCAAAGGUCUCUCCAGAUGAUGCAGAUGGUGGGGGAGGGGGAGGGGGGGAGGGGGCACCGGCCCAGAGUGGGUUGAUGGCUCGAGCCAGAGCCGCUUGGUCCGUGCAAGUGGGCCGAUCAGGGGGGAAGGACGGGGGGGGGACGUGGGAGGGGGAGAAGAUCCGCGGGCAGGUGGGCAUGCUGGCGCCCUCCGGGCUGACCUGGGAGGAGGAGAUCGCGUCUCAGCUGGCGUCUGUAGGCGUGCUGGUGGGUCCAGCUAAGGCGCAGGCAGUGGCUGCUGCCGCUGCUGCUGUGAAGGAAGGGAAAGCGGGUGCGGGUGAUGGUUCUGGCGGCGGCGCUGCUGGUGGUGGUGGUGGGACAGGAGGCGGGGGGGCAGGCGGAGGGGCAGCAGCAGCUGCAGGAGGAGCAGCAGGAGGAGCAGGAGCACCGGGUGCGACUGCCCCGAGAAACAGGCAGAGCCAGCCGGCGCUGGACCACGCCCGCUCCUUCUCCACUGCAGGGGCGGGCGUCGGGUUCGGCAUGCAGGGCUCGAGGCUCAUAGACCGCGCGUAUGUGGGCAUGCCCGCCCAGGCUGCAGGUCGGCUGUUCGCGCGCAACACCUCCGUGCCCAAUGGGGGCAGGCCAGCUGGCGGGGCGAUCGGGGCGGGGUUUGGUGGGGGGCUGGGGCGGCUGGCUAGGGGGAUAAAGAAGACGUUUAACCUGCAGAGCAGCCAUGAUAAGCUGAUCGGGUGACUCGAUGCAGAGAGUGUCCUUGACAUGGCCCAGAGUUUGGAGCAGCGUUCGGUGGUGUGGAUACCUGGGAAGGCUGGCACGGGGGCUGAAGAAGACGGAUGGUUCAACCUGCAGAGCAGCCAUGAUAAGUUGAUCGGGUGACUCGAUGCAGAGAGUGUACUUGACAUGGCUCAGAGUUUGAAGCAGGGUUCGGUGGAGGCCUGGGAAGGCUGGUGGGAGGGUUGAAGAAGACGUUCAACCUGCAGAGAAGCCAUUACAAGCAGAUUGGGUGGGAUGCUGAGGUGUCGUAGGAGCGGACUGGGCGAUCUUGCGAGAAGUCGUAGGAGAGGAUUGAGUGAUCUACCAAGGAGAGUUGUGAGGCAGCUCAUAAUCUGGAGCAGGGUUUGGUGGGGGCAUGGGAAGGCUGAGGGGGGGGCUGAAGAAUAAUGUUCAAUCUGCAGAGCAGCCAUGACAAGCUGAUUGGGCGAGAUGUUGAGAAGUCAUAAAAACGCAUUGGGUGGUCUACAAUGCAGAGUUGUGAGGCCGCUCAGGAUUUGGAGCUGGGUCUGGUGGGGGGCUUGGGCUUUGUCGCCAGGGGGCUAAAUAUGAGCGUCUAAUUUGCAGAGCAGCCAUAACAGGCUAAUUUGGCAGGAGCGGAUUGGGUUGUUUACAAAGGAGAGAUGUGAGGCGGCUCCUAGUUAGGAGCAGGGUUUAGUGGGGAGCAGCCAUGACAAGCUGAUUGGGGGAUUUGGUGAGGAGUUUUUUUCUAUGCAGGUAAAGCAACCAACAGGGUCUGGGUCUGGUGGUGGGCUUGGGUUGGGAUGGGAGGCUGAAGAAACGUUUGAUUUGCUGAUCAGUUGUGUUCCGAGAAGGAUGGGUGCGCUACUCGUUCCUGCUACAGCAACUAGUGGGGUUUAUCAGGCAUCAAGGGGUCAUCACUAUGAGGUGUUACGCUGUCUAAGUGCGUCACAAACAUGUGAUUGUAUCUCAUAACAAAUGCGGUCCACCCUG